AUGGUUGAUACUGGGAAUGACAACGAAGACUCUGCUUGUCCUACAAGCUUUGCCCCAAUGAACAUGCAAGCACAGCCACCAAGAGUGUCUGUUAACAUUAAACCCCUGUAUCAAACCGGUACUUCAGCACUGGUAAAUUUCCCAAUAGGUUCAAGUUCAUACCCUGGAGACCAUCCUGUAACCCUCGAUGUCCCUGACUUCGACAACGCAGCAGAGGUGGAAAAGACAAAGGCUGAGGUCUCAAAACAAUUUGAGGAUCGAUGCAAAUGGUUGGAGGAAAAGUUCAAGGAGUUAGAGUAUGCUGAUCCUUACUGCGGAAUGGAUGCAAAGGAACUGAGUUUGGUCUCGGAUUUAGUACUUCCCCCGAAGUUUAAAAUGCCGGAGUUUGAAAGAUAUAACGGAACUAGCUGCCCUGAGGCUCACAUUACGAUGUUUUGUCGAAUGAUGACGGGGUAUGUCAACAAUGAUCAACUGUUGAUCCAUUGUUUUCAGGACAGUUUGAGUGGGGCUGCAACGAAAUGGUACAAUCAAUUGAGUAGGACCCAAGUCAAGUCAUGGAAGGACCUAGCUCAGGCCUUCAUGAAGCAGGAUGGCCAUAUAACGGAUAUAGCACCUGACCGGAUCACACUCCAGAAUAUGGAUAAGAAGCUAAGCGAAAGCUUCCUGCAGUAUGCUCAGAUAUGGAGAGAGGUCGCUACACAGGUCCAACCACCGUUGCUAGAAAAAGAAACAACCAUGCUCUUCAUCAAUACAUUGAAGGCGCCUUUCAUUACUCACAUGUUAGGUAAUGCAACCAAGAGUUUCACGAACAUAGUAAUGUCUGGUGAAAUGAUAGAAAAUGCCAUAAGAUCGGGUAAGAUAGAAGUUGAAGAGAACACGAGAAGGUCAGCCCCGAAGAAAAGAGAGAAUGAAGUAGGUAAUAUGAGCUCAGGCUAUGCAAAACCUGCCACUGUUAAUCAAUCAAGGGCAAUAGUCACAGGCCAGCAGGCCUCACCAAGGUGGGAGCCUAACACAAGACAGAAUACAGAGAAGUUUCAAUUCACUCCCAUACCAGUGACAUAUAGGAAGUUGUACAAAAGUCUGUUUGAUGCACAUGUAGUGGCUCCUUUCGACUUAGAGCUGUUGCAGCCCCCAAACCCUAAGUGGUACGACGCAAAUGCUCAGUGCGAAUACCACGCAGGGAUUACGGGGCACUCGAUAGAAAACUGUACCUCGUUCAAAAGGUGCGUGGAAAGGCUUAUCAAAGCAGAUGUUGUAAAAUUCAAUGAUACACCUGGUACGGGAAAUCCGUUGCCCAGUCAUACUGAUAAAGGAGUAAACGCGAUAAUUGAGAAUAUGGGGAGGAAAGUCAAGCUGAAUAUCGCAGAGGUGAGAACCCCAUUGAAGCUAGUUUGGAAGGAAAUGCAUAAGAGAGGUUUAGCCCCGCAAGGGUUGGGGGAUAAAAUCUAA